AUGGAUCCUUGUAUCGCCCGUGAGCUGUCAAAGCUCGACCCUCUCCCGUUCCGCGCUUCAUCCGAUUACCUACAUCAUACUUGGGCGAAGACCUUUUUCUCCCGCCCAGAACUCUACAUUCGUCCACAGACUAUCCCCGAAAUCCAACAGUUAGUCACUCUCGCUCGUCGCUGUCGCCGUCGACUGGUCACUGUCGGUAGUGGUCACUCUCCCUCCGAUUUAACCUGUACCUCGUCUUGGCUCGUGAACCUCGAUGAUUUCAAUCGCAUUCUACAAAUUGACCCGACCACCCAACUCGUCACCGUUGAGGCUGGUAUUCGAUUGAGUGAACUGGGUGACAGACUCGAAGAAAAUGGUUUAACGCUGGAGAAUCUGGGAAGCAUUGAUAGUCAGUCAAUAGCGGGUGUGAUUGCGACUGGAACUCACGGUAGUUCUCUGCGCCACGGUCUCCUUUCGGAAUGCAUCGAAGCUUUAAGUCUCAUCUUACCAAAUGGUCAGCUUGUCCGCUGCAGCGCAACCAAUAACCCUUCUCUCUUCCGCGCCGCCCUUGUUUCCCUAGGUGCCCUUGGUAUCAUCGUGGAAGUUACUUUUAAGGCGCGUCGCGCGUUCAACAUCGCAUGGCGCCAGGAACGAUACUCGUUAGCACAGGUUAUGAAGGAAUGGUCGGCUGACCUGUGGACAUCUCAUGAGUUCGUUCGGGUCUGGUGGAUGCCAUAUGAAAAGGGUGCGAUUGUUUGGCACGCAGACCCAACCGAUCUCCCGUUGCGCGCACCUCCGAAGAAUUUCUACGGUGAGUGGUUCGGAUACCACGUCUACCACAACUUGCUCGCUCUCUCAUCAUACAUCCCACGCAUCCUGCCAUGGGUGGAGUGGUUUGUUUUCGGUAUGCAGUAUGGUUUCCGACCAGGGAGUACCGUCAUCGAAGCUGUUGAGCCUGCACGCGCAGGUCUGCUAAUGAACUGUCUGUAUUCUCAAUUCGUGAAUGAGUGGGCUUUACCCCUGGAGCAAGGUCCUGAGGCGAUUACUCGGCUUUCUGCAUGGCUACACGGUGAUACUCAGACAGCGAGAAUCCCAUUCUCCAGUAAGGAUCUAUACGUGCAUUGUCCUGUUGAGGUUCGCGUCUCCGACUCUUCCAAGAAUCCUAACCCCCGCCCAUUCCUCGAUCCGACUUGCCGUGAUGGCCCGACCCUCUACCUGAAUGCGACACUCUAUCGGCCGUAUCUCCGGGAUCCGCCUUGUCAUAGACGAUACUAUGAGGCCUUUGAGUGGCUGAUGCGGGACAUGGGCGCCAAACCACACUGGGCGAAGAAUUUCACGGCUCUCGGAUCAACCGAGCUGCAUGGAUUAUACCGUGAGGAUAUGGAUGAGUGGAUGAAGGUUCGGGAGGACGUUGAUCCCGAGGGAAUGUUUUUGGGCGAAUGGCACCGUCGUAACUUACCCCUCUUCACUUGGGGUGAGAAGAAGAACAGUGCUGCCCGAAGCGAAGAGCAUGGACUCCCUCUUCUUGAGCGGGAAAGCGAACUUCGCCAGGCUGACACUCGUGGAGCGGGUGACGGGGUUGAAUGGAUUGGAGAUCGCCGAUGGAAGAGUCACGAAGUGUCCGAGCUAGCAGAACAAUACGAAUUGCCGCCUGAUCAUCCGGCGUCUACUUCGCCCACGGCAACGAGUGAGGAGAGUUUUGAUUUGCUUGCCAAGGGUGAAGCAAGUAUUGUAUUUCCCCAAAUUUGA